UCCGAAUGCGCAUUUGUGACUGCUACAUUGUAUUUUGUUUUUUUCGAGUGCAACACCCGGCAAGUGAACAAAUUUUGCGGAUUUUCAUCUCCGGAUUCCAGACCCCGGACUCCUGGAGCUGGUGCUCCAUUUAAAGGAUAUUCCAUGCCGUGCUGCUGGCUGAAUAAAUAGCAUCGAGGAAAACGGUUACGGAAUGGAUGCGCGCCGGCAGAAACGACUUGGCCCAGCGCCAAUUGCAUCCUUCGAAAAGUCAUUCGAGGACAAUGCCACGACAAAUGCACAGCAGCAGAGCCAACACCAGCAGGAGCAACAGCAUCCUGGCCAUGUGGCGAUGAUGGAGCAAAGUGUGCGAAACCAGACAACGAUGCCGACGACGGCAAAUCGAAAUAGAGCCGCCGGUGGCAUAGAGGCACCCAGCAUAGCCACUGCAUCUGGAUCCGCUAAUGCAAGUGGCAGUGCGACCGCCUCCGCAGCAUCCGCAUCCGCAUCCGCAGCAUCCACCUCCUCAUCCUCCUCGUCAUCGGUUUCAUCGGCCACUUGCUCGGCAACCAUUGUCCAGGCGAAACAGCGACCUCCGCCUUUAAAAACGGCGACGACAACGGUGACCACCACUUUGGUGAGCAGCAGCGAGGGUGGUCAGCCUCUGCCACCCACCGCCCACUCGGGUGGUGGUCCGGGUGGGGGAACGGGUGCCAGUUAUCGCGGCACCGCCACUCUGACCACGCCCUCAACGCCCCGCAUCGAGCUAAGCCGCGCCUCCAGUUCGUCGCAUCACGAGGAGGACAGCCGGGAAAGCAGUCCGGAAAAUGUAUUUGAGCAGGUCGGAACUGGCACCCUACAGGAAACGAUUGGCCUUGGCUUUCGGGAGGAAGGUGCCCUCGAGCUGCGCAGCUCCACCGAGGAGCUGUACUUCAUGGAUGCCGAGCAGAAGAAGGAGGAGCAGGAGCGGAUCCACCAGCAGCAGCAGCAGGCCAAGCGCUCGUCGCCGCACAUCUUCAAGUUCGACGACCACCAGAGCUACCUGCAGCAGCACCAGCGCAAGGACUCGGCCAGUUCGGAGGUGGCCGCCCUGCUCUGCAUCUCGGGUCGCACCAGCCGCAUCUCGAGCGUGGGCAGCCAGGGAUCGGCGGUGAGUCGCCUUUCGGCGAUCUCGGGUGUCUCGCGCUCCCCCUCGCCGCACCGCAUGCUGCUGGAGACCUCGUUCUGUGGCCCCAAACCGGUGGAGCUGGGUGCCGGGAGUGCAGGUGGCAGUGGUGCCUCCACGGCGGCCAGUUCGGCUCAUAGUCAGGCGGAGGGAAUGCCGGGAGCCGGCACAGUGGCCGCCAAUGCGGCACUCCUCGAGCAACUCCUCUUGGCCCGCAAACAUGAUCCCACCCAGGCCGUUCUGGCCGAGGGCAUCAAGGUCCUGCCCCCCGCUCCAAAGGGGACCGGAGCAGGUCCCUCUGCUACCACCUCGGGUCGUGGAAGGAGCAGACAGACCAGCUCGCUGGCCAAUGGUCAGGAUCGCAUUGAGAAGGAGGCGAAGGUGAAGCAGACAAUUGGUGCCCAACGCAGGAGCACCAAGAGUCCCGGCCAAAUGGUUGUGGGCAAGACGGCCAGCGGCACGGAGUACAUAAGGAUCAAUCUGCGGCCGGAUCACAUGUACAGUGACAAGGGCAUCGCCUCCAACGAGCGGGUGGUGGAGGCACCCAACCAACUGGCACCGGUCUACUCCAAGCCCGCCUCCCUCAGUCUGCAAGGUGGUCCCAUCGAGGAGCACCGUCUGACUCCCACAGCCAGUCCCAAGCCGGGCAGGCGAUUUACCAGUCGCUCACCCUCGCCAGCAACUGGAGGAGCCGCUGGAGGAGCAGGUGGCUCCGUCUCCCGCAAGAGCUCCUUCAGUUCCCUCUUCCGUUUGGGCAAGGACUCACCGGAUUCGCCCAGGGAAACGGCUCGAUCGCGUAGCAAAAGUAAAGAGCGACCAGCCACCGCAUCGGGAGGAUUGGGUGGUGAGCGUGGAGGCGGUGGCUCCCAGAAUGUGACGCCCAGCAAGCAGAAGUCGGUGUUGGCCAUCUUUAAGCCCGGGAAGCGGGGCAGCCAGAGCAGCAAGAGCUCGUCGCCCAUCGAGUCCAGUGUUGAGCCGGCGCCACCGCCACCACCACCUGCUCCCGGAUCGGGAUCCGCCAAUCGAAGUCGCACCCCGGCAGGAUCUCGACCCGGAAGUCGGCUGCGCUACUACGAUGAGCCCGUGGAGGGGGUCAUCCAUAUACCACUGCAUACGCCGCCGGAGGAGCGGGAGGCGCGCACUCUGCUGCAGGGGAUCCAGCAGCUGACCCACGCCGCCCAGGCCAGCAUGGAUCCCUCGCCACUGCCCACCCACCGAGCUCCGCCCACUUCCGCCCAGGUGGCGGUGGCGCCGGGCACCCAGAUCACGGCCACCCAAUUGGCGGCCGCCGCGGCCGCUUUGCGUCCGGUGGCCCAGCGAAGGGUGGCCCAGCGGCCGGACCUGGAUGCCAUACAAUCGCUGCCCAGCCAGGAGGAUCCGCCCACGGGGCCGGAGGAGCUGGAGCGGGAGCGGGAGGUGCUGCAGGCGGAGCCGGCGAACUGGAGCCUCGAGGUGCAGCGGCACAGUUCGCAGGACUCGCAGGAGACGACGGCCGAAUCGGUGGGCUCGGUGGUCAGUGCCCGGGCGGCCAAUCUCGCCCAGCAGCGCGAGCAGGCGGCGGCCAUGCAGCGACUGCCCUCCGUGGAGAGCACACAGAGCGCCUGCGAGCCGAGGCUGGUGCACACGGUGGCCACCGUCAAUGCCCCCAAUCCCGAUUUGGAGGCCGCCGCCAAGGAGCGGAGGCGUCUGCUGUUCGCCACCCGGCUGGGUUCCGGCAGUCAGGAGCAGCUCUUCUCCACUCAGUUCAGUAUUUCGAAGACGGAGAGCCAGUCCAGCCAGCUGUCCGAGCAGGUAGAGCACUCGGGCUCGGAGACAACCGACGGAUUGCAGCGCCAAGGCACCGUGAUCCGGCGAAUGGAGAACUCCACCGGACCUCCACCCCCUCCACCGAGGGGCGUUUGCAGUUCGGAGGAGGAGCAGGGUGGGGUCAUGGCCGGCUCGGUGGUAAUGCGCUCCAAGCAUAAGUCACGGCCCAGUUCGGAGGAUGAGGCUGCUCCGGCGGCAGCAGCUCCAGCGGAUCUGCGCCAUUCGCGUUACUUGGAGAACUUCGAUGUGCGGCGCAAGCUGCACGAGAAUCUCACGGAGGCGGAGAUUGGAAGGGUGACCGAGGUGCCAGGUGGUCAGGCGACCAUUCCCAGGAAGCCAAAGCGACAGAGUGUCCCAGAAGCAAGACGUGAAACCACUAGCUAUAGUUCUGGCACUGCCACGCCCACCACUCCCACACCAACACGAGCGACACCAGUAUAUCAAGUGGGUCAAUCCAAGCAGCCACCGACCUCGGCAACCACUCCCACAACCACAUCAGUUGCAGAGACCACUCUACCCGCUUCCACUUCCUUCACGGGUCCUCCAGUCAAUACCUUUGAUGAGCCAUUGGGCACUUCCUACAGGGAUCCACUAAGCACUUCAUAUAAGGAACCAACAGCCACUUCCUUUGGGGAUCCACCAACCACGUCCCAUCACGAUCCUCUGACCUCCACAACUCCGGAUCACAUGCUCACCUCCCCGCCACCCGAACGUCGUCAUUCGCUGUCAACGGAUGAACAUGAGCCAGUGGAAUCCUCGGAGAGUGAGAGGGAUUCGGAUAUGGCCGGCAGCUCCUCGGUGACCACGGCAGUGCCAGCUGGCGGAGAAGCGGGACGGCGGCACCACAACUUUCCGCGCAACGUGUGCGUCAUCGAGGAGCACGAGAGCACAGGUCUGGUGUCCCAAGAGUCCUUCGAGGACGAGCUGCCCUACAUACCCACCACACUGCCCGAGGAGCGGGCCCAGGGUGUACCCAUAAUCCCGAUGAGAGAGCGGGCCAAUAUGGAGCUAAAGACAUGUCCGGUGGACAGACCACGGUCCACCACUCCGCUGAAUCCCUCGCAUCUCGAGGAAUACUGCACGGGGAUCAUGACGCCCCAGGAGGCGACUCCAGGUGGUCACCAGGACAUCGAUGGAGGAGUAACCACUGGAAUUGGAGGUGCAGCAGGGGCAGGAACCUCCGCAGGAGCUCCAGUGCGAGGGGAGAAACUAAGGAUCAGUUUACCCCGCAAGGAGUCCAUUGGCAAGGAGCGCAUCCAGAACUCCAAGUCACCACGUCGUGUGUCCAAUACCAGUGGCAAGUCCUGGUUCGAGUUCGCCGAAGAGGGUUUGCGGGCCAACAACAACCUGGAGCGAAAGGACUCCGCCAAACAGCUGCUACCGGUGGUCACACCACCACCACCAUCAGCACCACCUCCUUCUUCAUCGAAUUUGGAGGAACCAAAGCCAAAGGUCUCAACCCAACGAAAACUCUCCGGUCAUUGGAUCGAUUUCGAGAACAUACCCGAGAAGAGGAAGCCGGCUAAGAGGAUCACCACUUUGCCCAAGGAGACGUUGUCGAGCAGUGUGGUUGCCACGGCCACCACCAGUUCCUCCUCCGUCUGCGGCAGUGGUCAUCGCUCCGGAUCGGGAUCCGCAACCGGUCACCAUCAUCAUCAUCACCACCAUCAUCAGCAGCAGCAGUCAUCGAAAUCGAAUGCGGACGGGGGCGAUAAGUUGCACUACAACUACGUGAAGCCGGAGGACUGCCAGUGCGAGUGUCACGAGGCGGAGCGCGGGGAAUCCUCGACAGCAACCGCCGGAGCCGGAGAUACCAGUACGGAGACGGGCACUGGAACGGGAACGGGAACUGGCAGCGAAUCGCUGGCCUCCGUGGAGCUACUGCAGCAGGGCGAGGACAUGUUGCCACUACUCGAUCCCGACACCUCGGCGGAGGGCAGGAUUUACGGGGACGAAGAUCAGACACCUCUAGUUCGUCACAGUGGCAAGGCCGUCUCCUCCAAUCUAAGGACCCAACACGAGGAGUUUCCACGCCGCGAUGAUGGAUCUAGUCCUCGUAAUCGCAAGUUUCCCGACAGAAAGUAAACAGCCGGUGGCAUACUCAUCGCAUUUCAUUUCGGUUCGAACCGGAUCGGUUCUUUAUAGAUCUUCAGGGUAGCUAAACCGGUAAUCUAUCUCUCUAUGUAAGUCGAGUCACUAAACUAAGGGCCAGCGUGUCCUCCUGGCCUAUAUCCUUAAUGUACCUCAAGCUGAGUGGUUGUUAUACGUGCAGAAGCCGAGGGACAAUGUUGCGUAUUACCUUUCGACUCGAUUAGCUUACAAAACAAAAAACUCCAUAUGGAAUAUACACAAAAAAAAACAACACACUUAAAACAUACGAUAAUAUGCAUACGAUACUCAGUACUAUAUAGCUCAUGAAUGUACAUGGUUAGGGUAAUUUUUUUGAUAGCAACAAUUACAACACUCACCCUUUAUAGCAAUCCUGACGCAGGAGGAGGUUGAUCGUUUUCCCUAGAAACUUUUCGCUGGCAAUUUUACUAUAUGUGAUCUCUCGGAUAAAGUGUUAUAUGUGUGUGGUCGAGGCGCGUUGGACAUCCGAUCGGAUUCUCUAGCUGUAAGUCGGUGUAUUUGUGUGUAGUUUAUAGCUCAGACAAAUCCAGAAACCAGAAACCAGAAUCCAGAAUCCCUAGGCUUAGUCAUAUAGUCUCUAUCUAUAUCGGUGUCUGUGACAGUGUCUGUAUCUGUGUCCGUUUCUAUAUAACUACGAGCGUGUGUGUGUGUUGUGGAGAUCUAUAUAUCUCGGUAGCACUAUCCUCCCGAUUUCGACCCAUAUCUCUAGGAGUCUCACAAUGAGACAUAUGCAAACGAUCUAUGAACGAGUUGUAAUCGUUUUCAGUUGGUCAUUCGCAAAAAUUAGCCUGAUUCAUAUAGUUGAGUUUGAAGCGUUAGUUAGUUAGUCAGGCCCGAUUUACCGGGUGUGUUGUAAAUACAUAAGUCUAAACUAGAUUAAAGUAUUCGAAAUAAAUUGAUUUUGACAAUUUUUUUUUGCGAAACAAAGAAACUUCGCUUAAAGUUUUUGAACUUUUAAUCGAGUUUAUUAUUAUAUACAUGAUUAUAAUUAUAUAGCCAAUAAACUGCCAGCACACACACACUUGCCAUAAGAGAAGUUCCUCGUUUGUUUUUGUUUUUGGGGUAACCGGUUGAGCGAUCCGCUGUUUGGUGACCCCGUUCGGUUUAUGCGCCCCAAACAUCACGAUACGAAUGCGACCUAUAAACUAGCUUCAAGGAAACAGUAGAGGCCCUUAAGGAAUUUCCUUUCAUACACUCUCAUACUAAAAAAAAAACAACACCAUCUAGCUAGCCUUUGAAAUUCCUAAAUACUUUAUUGAACUUAGCGGACAACGGACAUUCAUUAAAUUGAAGCAAAAUCAAGCAAAUAAAAUUUAAAUUAAUAUUAAUGCAAGCUAAGGAAAACUUAUAGGUAAAUUAUACAAUACAUACAUAACAUUGAAAAUGUGCGAAGCGGGGUGAGAAAUAAAUGGGAGCUUACAUCAGAGAACUUUACGAGUUUAUCGAAGAAUUUCAGAGCCCCAUAAAAUCCCAUUAGGGAAUAACCUAAUGGAAACCUUUUUUGUAUUUUUUUUUUGGUAGCUGAAGUGGUGAAGCACAAAAUGCACUCGAAACAUAUACGAUAUAUAGACAUAAUGACGAAUCCAAGCAAGAUCUUAAUAAAUUGUACAAUAAUUUCCACAAUACAUUUAUGUGAGGAUAAAUAUAUAUUCAGAUAUACAAAUCUAUAUGUAUAUGCAUAUACACAUAAGUUGCGUUUCCAAUUUCCAAAACUUGUUCUCAAUACUUUUUUAAUCGUUUUCGAGUAAACUUUUUUUGUAUAACUUAGACAAACCACGAAAAUUGUUGUUAAAAAUGCAUUUAAAUUAAAAAACGAAGACGAGUUGAACAUUUAAAUAAGCAAAUGAAUAUGAAAAAUUGUUACCAAAAUUUAUGGAUUCAUACGAAAAAAAAACCAGAUGGGUUAAAGCAAAAGAAAAUAAAUUAAUAAAUAUAUAUGUAUGCACUUUCAUUAUUUAACGUUUUCAUAUAGACGAAGAUGAUGAUUAUGAUGAAAAGGAAACAUAACAUUAAUUGAAAACUACUCAUUAAAGCGAC